AUGCUACAUAUGGAGGAACCGAUGUCUGAAGCUGUCGUAUAUUCUACUCCAACUUGCGUUCAACUAGGUAUACCAAUGACGGAGUGUUCAAACUCCAUGUAUCCAAUGCGGGAUCAUAGACUCGAGCACGACACAUAUUCACUACCAAAUUUCAUUGAAUCUCGUUACCCUAGCUCCAUGAUGGGGCCUUACCCACGGGUGAUCCCGCUAUCCGGUCCAUUGGGAUUUUACGAUUUUGAGCCUUCUUUUAUUCGCCGACGAAACGAACGAGAACGUGAACGUGUGCGCUGUGUGAACGAAGGCUACGCGCGUCUACGAGAGCGCCUUCCGUCAGACAACCCAGAAAAACGACUUAGUAAAGUAGAGACAUUGAGAAUGGCGAUUAAGUACAUUAAACAUUUGCAAGGUGUCUUGAGCACAGAAGAACACAAAGAAAACGAAGAAACGGAAGACUAUUUAACCAAAAAAGUACAAAAGCACAAAUAA